CAUCGUUCUAUAUAGAGACAAAUAAUCACUGGUUCUUCACGUAUGAUGUUACAAGGUUGCGCUACAAUAACGUUUUACUUACAUCAGCAGCUAUGCCAUUCUAUUCGUAUAAAUUAGUCGAUCAAGAAUGUGAAACCUUUCUGUAAUGAAUGCGUAACUCACUGCUGUUAGUUCAUUCUCGAUAACUAGCAGCUUUAUAUGACGGCCAUGACUAAAGAUUAUUAGAAACUACGUGCGCAAUACUCGUGGAACUAUUUGAUUCAGUAUUCAACCUGCAUCGUGAUACCCUACCCUGCAUCAUGGGACACCGUUAUUUGAUUAUCAUAAAGCAAGUUUGGCUAACGUUUUUUAAAUGUAAAAUUAUCUAACAAAGAAUAUCAUAAAUUUCAUGAUAAAUAUUUCGGAGUAAACAAAUUUUCAAAAGUUCUAAGUCAGAUUGUUUGAUAACAAAUUUCUCUUUCUCAGGUGUUUACUGCCGAUAUAACCCGAUAAAAGAUCAUUAUCCAUGCAGUGAUUAAAUAUUCUAGAUUGGAAAACUAUUGACUGGAUUGAACAUUCAUUUUCCUUUAGUAUAUCUUUUAUUAGAUGAGAAUAUUAAUUGCCAUCCAGUAGCGUUGUUCUGAUUUUCAUAGAUUUUGGGAUAAGAUAUCAAUAUAAAUGCUGAAUUUUUCGUGAUAAUUUAAACAUUUGCCAAAAUGAAGUUUCUGUACUCUUAUUAUAUUUUGACUAUCGCAACACUUCUGAUCGUCGUUCGCUGCUCCGCUUCGAAAAGUUGCAGCAGGAACAGCACGGAUGAAUUUGCAAAUUCUCACGUGGGCCUCAUAAUCUCCCCCAUGCUCUCGUCAAGUGAAAUUCGCAGGAUUGAGAUUUAUUGGACACACGCGAAUCUUCAAAGUGGCGACGUAAUUGCUUUAUACGACGAAGAACCACGUGAAGUUGCUACUGCACUGUACAGCUUUGAACCACACACCAUCAACGGCAUUUUGAAAACUAGACUUCAAGCCGACUUUGUACCCACUUCGAAUCUCACAUUUGAACGUCAAUGCUUAAAAUACCACGUCGCCUGGUUAAGAAACGGUGUCAUUCGAAAAACCAAUUGCUUAGAGACAAGACCCAAUUGGCUAGCGCAACGUAAGAGCACCUUGGGGUCUGCUAGGAUUCGUGAUCUCUUCCUUCCGGGAACCCACGACUCUGUCUCAUAUUCAAUUGUUCAAUCUCCUACUAAUGAUAAUAUUAUUGAUAAAUAUGUUAUCGCACAGGAUGAAGAUGUCCUUGCUCAACUUAUUUACGGAAUUAGAUAUCUUGACAUCAGAGUCGGUUAUUAUCCCCUCUUAAACCAAGUCUGGUGGGGAAAUCAUGGUAUAGUAAAUGUAGUUCCUCUGCAAACAAUCAUUAAUGAUUUGAAAAUAUUUUUGAAUAACACAGAGGAAAUCGUCAUAUUUGACGUGCAAGAAUUUCCUAUAGGAUUCGGCAGUGAUCUUUCAAUUCAUCAUAAACUGGUUGCUUAUCUUGAGAAACAGCUCGGUGAUUAUCUUCUUCCAAAAUCAUACGGAUGGUCCACCACUUUAGAUAAUAUCUGGGCUUCUGGUAAAAGAUUGAUAAUAGGAUAUGAUCAGAGUAGCGUUGUGCCACUUUAUAAUUCUAUAUGGCCAUGUGUUACACAUCAAUGGGGAAACGUUAGAAGUGUUUCUGCACUCUAUACAUAUUUGAACAGAAUAGAGACUGCUGCAAUGAGUUCAUUAGUGGUUAAUCCGAGAUCAGCAAUGGCCCAAAUGACACCUAAUACUUGGGAUGUUAUUUUGGACCGACUGGGAGGUUUAAGAAAAAUGGCGAAUGAUGUUAACAUCAACGUAACUACCUGGUACGCAACUAAAUGGCACAACUCUGCGAACAUUGUGGCUGUAGAUUUUUUCAAGGGUAGUGGAAUUAUCGAAACAUCCAUUGAAUGGAACGAUAAGAGAUUUUCGUCAUGCUGAAAAGGGUUUAAUGACGAGUAGAUUACUGUUAUUGUACAAACACUCAUAAAGAUUGAUGAUUAAAUCAUUAUUAUUCGUACUUAUUUACUGAAUGAUUUCUUCGAAGGAGAAAUUCUGUUACUCUUUUUCUGAUCAAGAAUGAAAAUGAGAUUUAAUUUUAUGCAAUUUUAGAAAUUCUCAUAAUCUCUCAGACUAUUCACAUUCUCUUUAGUCGGUUCAUAAUUCUAAGCAUUUUUAGAAAAAUUUUAGAUUUUUUCUUGUGUCUCUUACGCUAGAAGAGUCACGAUGAACAGCUAUAUUUUAUCGUUAGUCACCAAUGUAUAUUUUUUUCAUGUGACAUCCUCACCAGUUCCGGCGGAAACGCAAAUAAUACUAUGUUCAAGGUGACUGCGAAACACGAAAUUAUCUGUUACACUAUAUCAUUCAAUUGAAGUUUCACGUAUGAGAAGAUUAUUUUCGCAUGUUAGAUCAGUAUGCGAAUUAUUGUAGACAACGCCAGUCGAUAAUAGAAAUUUGUGAUUGAUAACAGUGUGUUUAUUUGAGAUUGUAUACUUGUCAUAUAAUUUAUUCAUAAAAAUGGGGGUGAAAGGAGAAAGUAAACAAGUAUUUUUUAAAGCAAUUUUAUUGUUAUUAAUAAAUUUAUUUAUUAUUAAUGAAUCAGAAUGUGAUAACUGGUCCAAUAGUAAUAUAAACGAAGUGGGAUUUGACAAUCCUCUGUUUUGUAUGGAUAAUAAAAAAUGUAUCUCAAUCGA